GCUGCUCCGUGUCAAAUGCUCUGGUGACAGCUCGUUCGCGCUACCAUGGUUGUGUUAAAAGGAAUACCUUCUCUCCUGUCGCCAGAGCUUUUGUACGCGUUGGCAAAGAUGGGUCAUGGCGAUGAACUGGUUCUUGCGGAUGCCAACUUCCCUGUGUCCUCCGUGUGUAAAUGCGGACCGAUAGAGAUCAGAGCCGACGGUCUACAGAUCCCAGCGCUGUUGGAAGCUAUUCUGAAGCUCUUCCCUCUGGACACGUACGUGCGUAGCCCGGCAGCUGUGAUGGACCUGGUGGACAGUGACAAGGAGCUUGGUGUAGAGACGCCAGUGUGGACCACAUACAUCCAAAUGAUCAAACAGGCAGGAUCACAGGGCAGCUUAGAGACUGUGGAGAGAUUUGCAUUUUAUGAGAGAGCCAAGAAAGCGUUUGCUGUCGUGGCAACGGGGGAGACGGCGCUGUAUGGCAACCUGAUCAUAAAGAAAGGCGUGAUCCCACCUGGGGAACUGAGCUGAAUCCUGCUGGACCCUGCUGCCCUCUGCUCCUCUGCUGGGCUCCUGCUGCCCUCUGCUCCUCUGCUGGACCCUGCUGCCCUCUGCUCCUCUGAGCUGCCUUCUGCUGAAUCCUGCUGCCCUCUGCUGACCCUCUGCUGGACUCCUGCUGCUCCUCUGCUGGACUCCUGCUCCUCUGCUGGACUCCUGCUGGACUCUGCUCUGCUGAGCUCUAACAGCAUUAUUAACACCCAAGGAGUUUAUUGGACUGGCUGGGAAAAUGACAUUUCUACUGACACACACACGCUUUGCAGGGAAGAAGACAUUUCUACAGACACACAUACUUGGGUUAGACGCAUCAGAAACAUUGUGGUGGAGUUUGGGUUAGACGCGUCAGGAGGGAUCACACAGAUCUGUAGCUGUAACUAAACCCUUAGCACUCUCGUGUUCUGAUGUAAUCGCCCCGUGAAGUGUGUGUGUGUCUCCGCAUUCUCUCCACCGGAAAUGAUGGGAAUGUGGGAAGUGAAUUAAUGAGCGUGUUAAGUAGGGAAGUGUGUGAGUGAGUAUGGAUGACGUGUUAAGUAGGGAAAUGUGUGAGUGAGUAUGGAUGACGUGUUAAGUAGGGAAGUGUGUGAGUGAGUAUGGAUGAGCGUGUUAAGUAGGGAAGUGUGUGUGUGAGUGUGGAUGACCUGUUAAGUAGGGAAAUGUUAAAGCAAUGGUUCGGAGUAAUUUCACUCUAGGGUCCUUUGCACCCUGACCCCGAGCCAAACACCCGCCCAGAACCUGUUUUCCCUUGAAUCCUGGUCAAGUAGCGCUGUCAGAAACUGAUGACUUUCUGCAGGCGCUUAUGGAACCUAUGGAGUAUCUCGUAAAUGACCCCACUAAUAAUGCCCUGAAUGGUACGAAACUUCUACAGUAGUACAACUAUGUUCUGUACUCAUAAAACGAGGCAUUGAAAAGUUUGUAAGUACACCAGGAGUUUAUUUCACUUGCCUGAUGG